GUUAUUUUGUGAAGUUACCUGAAGAGGUCAAGAUUUCUUCAACUUCUUCAUGAAGUAUUUUAUUUUUAUUCCUUUUAUUUUCCUCCUAAAUUCUGUGCAUCCCAAAAGCCAUGUCGAGGAAGUUUACAAGUGGAAGAAGGUUGAAUUUGAGAGCCUUCCACAGCCAGAGGAUUCCUACGUCGGUCCCUACAAGUACUAUGCUCCGGAGAAUAGUGAUGUGAUGGGAAUGGGCUAUCAUCCAGCUAGUGGAUUAAUGAUUGUGAUUUUGGGACGUCUCAGACCCGGAAGUCCAGCCACAAUUGCAGCUUUCUGUGCCAAUGAAUACAAAUUUGGGUCAAGUCCUAAAUUUUGGGCUUUCCCAAACUUUGAAAUUCAAGCCCUGAGAGCGUCAGACUUUGACCAACGUGCUGGACGAUCAAAGAAGAAGCACAAGGAGACCAUUAAUUACCAACACUAUGUACAGUAUGCCCCAUCAAAACCAAUUUAUCCAAUACCAAAUUGGCCAACAUAUGAGACUGCAACAAAAUCUCCAAGCACCGGGAGCAACUUUAGAAUCAUUUCAGCUUAUCAAGUUGAGAUUGAUUAUAAAUGCAACAGAGCCUAUUUUGUGGAUGUUGGUCACCUGAAUUACUUCCUAAGAGGAUUCAUAAAUAUUCAGAAACCCUCUAUUUUAGUCUAUGAUCUACCUGAGGAUGGCUGUAAGACGAGAAACUUCCAAUUGAUUCGAAGAGUUGAAAUGCCAGACAGUGUAGCUGCACGAAAUCCUUUUGGGAUAGUCUAUAUAACUCUAGAUAAGCAAUCUAGCGAUUGUGAUGACCUAUAUCUCUACAUCAACAACUUUGACACCUACACCAUUGUCUAUGACUACAAAAGAGAUGAUUUCUGGCAUUUUACUGGGCAUCCAUCAUUCGAACCCGUUGUUGCUGAAUCAUUCUACGUCUACGAAGAUGCGCUCUACUCUCAAGUGGUGGAAGGAUUAAUGUCCUACGCUCUAGGCUAUGCUGAUGCAAAUGGAGAUAGGACAGCGUACUACAUCACAGGAGCUAGUACAGCUCAAUAUGAAGUCUCCACGAAGAUUUUAAAAGAUAAAAGCAAAGCCCCGAUGAAUUAUGAAGAAGAUGAUUUUAGGAUAAUGGGAUAUCGAGGAUGCUUCAGCCAAGCUGGCAAGAUGGCUGUAGAUUAUACGUAUGGGGUUGUUUUCUACGCAGAACGACAAUCAAAUAGGAUCAGAUGCUGGAAUAUGAAGAAGCUCCUCAAUCCGGACAAUAUUGGGGUUGUUUUUGACUCCUUCUUCGUUCAAUAUCCCUUCUCACUCUUCAUUGAUCCCGAAGGAUAUCUCUGGUUCAACAACUCUAGGCUACCUAUUCUUGCUUUCACCAAUAUGACUCUGGAUUUAAAUACGAUUAAUAAUAGAUUUUUCCGUGUUAAGAUUAGUGAUGCAAUACGAGGGACAGUUUGUGAGAAUGAUUGAAAUUAUUUAGCAUGAAAUAGAGUAAUAAAGAAUUUCCCAAACUGGUUUAUUACAAAGACAGAACGAGUGAGAAGAAAGUAAAGUCAAAGAACUUUCCUAAUUCUUUUCAUUCAAUAAUUCGUACAAUUAAUGUAUUCAAUAGACAAAAAACAUGUUUUAGUUGGGCAUAGAAAUUCGAAUAAAGAACAAGAUUAUUCUCUAAAA